UUUCAGAAGUGUUCGCAGUUUAACGGAAAAGGAUGAAACGUUCUGGGGGGGACAGGUUUGGAAGUGGAAGUAAACGGACACGAAUGGAUAGCUAUGAGGAAGCCCUAGCGAACGGUAAAUAUGAACUACGCUUAGUGGUGACGAGUCGAGGUGCUGGUGGUAUCAUAGGCCGAGGAGGCGAGAAUAUCAAACGCCUCCGUUCUGAGUUCGAUGCGAACCUGACCGUCCCAGAUAGCCAGACGCCCGAACGGGUACUGACACUGACUGCUACAACGGAAAACAUCUCAAAUUGCUUGCGUGAAAUUAUACCACGUCUCGAUGAAAAUCGCGAGGAUGAUCAUGAUCGACGAGGGAAGAAGGCGGACAGACCGGAUAGUGAAAUGAAAGUUUUGGUGCAUGAAUCUCACGCUGGCGCUGUUAUUGGCCGUGGUGGGUCACGAAUAAAAGAACUUCGCGAAAAAACUGGAGCACAACUCAAGGUUUUUUCUCGUUGUGCACCACAGUCUACUGAAAGAAUCGUACUGCUGAAUGGUGAAGUGGAAAAAAUAAUUGACUGUAUCAACAUCAUAAUCGAUGUAUUGAAGGAGAUCCCAAUAAAGGGACCUGUUCGGCCAUACGAUCCAAUGUAUUAUGAUCCAGACAUCAUUAGCGAUUAUGGUGGAUAUGUUCCUGAUCGAAAUUUUAUUUCACGUGUAGGUCGAGGAAGAGAUUAUGGAUUUGGCGGUAGUGUGAUUCCCUCACGAUAUCCCGGAAGAGAUGAUCGUUAUAGUGGAAUGAGGGAUAUGAUAGGACGCUAUUCACCUAUUCCAGCUAUGCAGACCACACAGGUUACAAUCCCGGAUGAAUUGGGAGGCGCCAUAAUAGGUAAAGGUGGUUCACGGAUCAAUCGAGUGCGUGAAGAAUCGGGAGCGCAGAUCGAAGUUGAGCCCCAUCGUGACAAUGGUGGUGACCGCAUCAUAACAAUUUCUGGUACUCGAGAACAAAUUCAAGCAGCACAAUAUCUGCUACAACAAUGUGUUCGUACAUCGGAAGCUGGAAGACGUUAUUUAAGUGAGCACUAAGUGGAGCAGACAGUCAAAAGCUUUUAUUGACCUGUUUUUAAUAAAUAUUUUGUCAUUUGCUUGUUAUUUUCAUUUAUAAACCUAUUGGUUUUUUGGCCAUUUUGAAAUAGACUGUCACACUUAUUAUUGUGUUGCCUUUUUUAAAUGCAUGCUUUGUGAUUUGUAUCAUGUGUGUGAUCUCCUUGCAUUCAUGUCCAAUAAAAUAAAUCUCAUUCCA